AUGUGUGGUGUCGCGUCAGACUGUUUACGCACACACCACACGUCCAUCGUCCACGCCCCAUCGCUCGACGCCGCGCGCGCGACGCCGAGCGACGGCGACGGACGCUCGCGGACGACGACGGAGAAAUACGCGCGCGCGAUGACGCCCGCGGACGCGCGCGCGGGGACGUUCGAUGACGUCGACGCCCUCGUGUUCGAUUGCGAUGGGACGCUCAUCGACACCAUGGGCAUGUUCUACGCCGCCGACGCGCGCGCGUGCGCCGAGCGCGGGGUCGUCCUGGACCAAAAGACGUUUUAUGACCUCGCGGGGACGCCGGUGCGGGAGAUUUUCCAUCGCGUCUGUCGCGCGCAAGGGGUGGCGAUGGACGACGACGGCUUGGACGCGAUGACGGACGCGUGCGAGCGGUACGUCGAGGAUUUCGGGACCCCGGACGCGAUCGAGUGCGUGUGCGACAUCGUCCGUCGCGCGCGGGCGCGUGGGAAGAAGCUCGCGGUGGCGUCGAGCGGGACGCGAUCGAGCGUGACGCGACAUCUCGCGCGACGCGGGUUGUUGGACGCGUUCGACGUCGUCGUCACCGUGGACGACGUCGCGUCGGGGCGAGGGAAACCGGCGCCGGAUUUAUACGCGCUCGCCGCGGCGCGUUUGGGCGUCGAUCCGGGGCGGUGCGUGGCGUACGAGGACGCGGUUUUGGGGAUGGAAUCCGCGCGUCGCGCCGGGUACGCCCGCGUCGUCGACGUGCGAGAGCUCAGCGGCUAUCACGCCAAGGCGUACCCGUGCGCGGGUCCAUCGGAGCCGUGA